GAUGCCAAACUGGGGAGGAGGAAAGAAGUGUGGCGUCUGCCAGAAGGCAGUGUACUUUGCUGAGGAGGUGCAAUGUGAAGGCAGCAGCUUCCACAAGUCCUGCUUCUUGUGCAUGGUCUGUAAGAAGAACCUGGACAGCACCACUGUUGCUGUGCACGGAGAGGAGAUCUACUGCAAGUCCUGCUAUGGCAAGAAGUAUGGCCCCAAGGGCUAUGGAUACGGGCAGGGAGCAGGGACCCUCAGCACUGACAAGGGCGAGUCUCUGGGAAUCAAAUACGAAGAGGGCCAGCCCCACCGACCCACCAACCCUAAUGCAUCCAGAAUGGCCCAGAAAGUUGGAGGUGCUGAUGGGUGCCCUCGCUGCGGUCAAGCAGUAUAUGCAGCUGAGAAGGUGAUCGGAGCUGGAAAGUCCUGGCACAAGUCCUGCUUCCGCUGUGCCAAGUGUGGCAAAAGCCUGGAGUCCACCACCCUGGCAGACAAAGACGGGGAGAUCUACUGCAAAGGUUGCUACGCCAAGAACUUCGGUCCCAAGGGCUUUGGCUUUGGGCAAGGCGCUGGGGCGCUCGUCCACUCGCAGUGAGGCACCAAGAGCCGGGCUCUCCGCUCGCUCAGGGCUUGUGCACACCAGCCUGUGCUGCCCGACCCUUUCGGCACCAGCAGUGAGCAUCCUCGCCAUCAUCAGUAACCACCCGCUGCUUCACGGCACGAGCCCCUUCCUCCCUGCCCUGACCCAGCGCACCCCGAAGCUGUGGGAGUCCCA